AUGGCAUCCCUCUUCUCUGGCCGCAUUUUGAUAAGAAACAACAGCGACCAGGAUGAGGUGGAGACGGAAGCCGAGCUGAGCCGCAGGCUAGAGAACCGUCUGGUGCUGCUGUUCUUCAGCACUGGGUCCUGUCCACAGUGCCAGGCCUUUGCCCCUGUUCUCAAAGACUUCUUCGUGCGACUCACUGACGAGUUCUACGUGCUGCGGGCGGCACAGCUGGCCCUGAUCUAUGUGUCCCAGGACCCCACGGAGGAGCAACAGCUCCUGUUCCUCAGGGGCAUGCCUGAGAAGUGGCUUUUCUUGCCGUUCCAUGACGACCUGAGGAGGGACCUCGGGCGCCGGUUUUCUGUUCGUCGUUUGCCGGCUGUCGUGGUGCUCAAGCCAAGCGGGGACGUGCUGACGAGCGAUGCGACCGACGAGAUCCAGCGCCUGGGACCUGCCUGCUUCGCCAAUUGGCAGGAGGCGGCGGAGCUGCUGGACCGCAGCUUCCUGCAGCCCGAGGACCUGGAUGAGCCCGCGCCACGCAGCAUCACCGAGCCCCUGCGCCGUUGCAAGUACCGCGUGGAUCGGGAUCUGGGCCGGGGCCGGAGCGGCCACGACUCUGGUCACCCCCAGGGAGAUGCAGGUGCAAGGGCAGAGCUCUGGUGAUCCCCCAGAGGUACCCGGGUACAGCGGCUGGGCUCCGAUGACCGCCUUGGGGACCAGGGUGCAGGGGCAGGGCUCUGGUGACCCCCAGGGGGAUGAGGGUACAAGGGCAGAGGUCUGGUGACCCCCAUGGGGGACCGGGAUGCAGGGGCGGGGUUCCGAUUAGCCUUCUCCUCCUGUCUGUUCAGAAUGUUCCCUAGACAGCAGGGCAGAUUGACCUUGAACUCACCAUUCUCCUGCCUCAGUUUAAGGAGUAACGGGAAUGGCAGUCAAAGAGAUACAAGUUUCCUCUUCCAGGCCUUCCCUAGACUUUGAAAGAACGUGGGGAUCACCCAUGAACAGUUCCUGGACUCGGUACGCGGAGCUUAGCGCAUGCUAAGCAAGCUUUCUACCCUUAGAAUCCCAGCCUCAAAACCCCUGUCAAAACAAACAAAAACCACAGCCCGGCUUUGUGGUGCAGGCCUGUCGUUUGGUGCUCUGGACUCAGAUGCGGAGCCGGCGAGAUGGCUCAGUGAGGCAUGGCGCUUGCUGUCAAGACUGACAGCCCGAUUCCAAUCCCUGGAACACCCAUAGCGGAAGGGAGAACCGACUCCCGCAAGUUGUUGACCUCUGCAAGCUCAUGGUGGCACGUGUACGCCCACACACUUACAAAAAAGUACAUCGAACAAAAAUACUAUUUUGAGUUUUGUGCAAAACAACAAAACAUAAGGGGAAAAAAACCAAAGAGGUGUGCGGAAGAAGGAUCUGGAGUUCAAGGCUGUUUUCAGCUAUCUAGGUUGGCCUGGGCUACAGGAGACCAGGUCGCAAACAAGGGAACCUCGGUCUAGCGCCACUCCUCGGGACAGGCAUCGCCCUCUGCAGAAGGGCCGAGACCCAUCCGCCAGAGGUUUUGCUUUAACCUACGCUACCCCCUGGCGGUCGAACUGGAAUGGUGCGUGCAAAUGAGAGGAAUGUAAUAUUUUAAAAUUUCAGCUCCCGCAUCAAGCGCGUCCACAGAAGCUGGCAAGCCAGACUUUCUGGGGGCAAGAAGCUCACCCGCCUCCAUUCCCAACUUGGAGGAGUUGGGGAAACUGAGGCUUAA